AUGGGUGUAUUGUCUUAUAUUGACGGCUCAUUACUUUCACGUGUUAAGAACCCUGUGGAACAUGUGUCUGGCACCACUUUAUCGUACAUUCUGCCAAAGAACGUAUACAGAUACGAGCCUUACAGAGGGCACAGAACGUUAUGGAAACCUACCAGCACGACGAAACCAGAACCAGAAAGUGCAUUGCCUUCCCAAACGAAACCUUCAACGAAAAAAAGACAACAACAUGAAGAGCAUUCAUCACGCCAUCCCAUAUAUGUUCCUACAAAAAAGUCUUAUUGGCACAAUUUUUAUGAUCACGAGGAGGCUUGGCCAAAAGUAGUACUAGCUUUAUCUAGUACCAAAACAACGACAACCCAGAAAAAAAUAAAAAGAACUUUUGCAAGUCUAUUUCCCCCGCUUAACAUAACCAUACAAAAAAAAACUGUUGAUCUGAAUGAUAGCGAUGAGGACGAAGAUGAUGAACAGAUAUUGAAUAAUAAUGAUGUAGGCAUGAACUGGAUUCCUCUUAAUUUUGAGACUACCGGUGAUAGCGCUCACUUGGAACAAGAAGACAAUAUAGAAACAGAAGAGUUUGAAGAUAAUCCACAAUCAACUUUAAGGACAUACACUGUGUUAAUGAUACUACCACUGCUACUACAAAACGAACGACUACUCAACCACCAUCUGUCCAUUGCUAUCAAUGCGGAUUGA